GUGAAAAGAAAGAAAUGUAUAGCUCCAAAGCAGUCUAGUUUUUGUCAAAGAAUAGUAAAUAGUAAUUAUAAUGGCAACAGGGUUGGAUCAAGUGGUUGGCAUGGCAAUGAUGUCUCUUGGUUCAUUAAUAUUUAUUUACUAUACCCUGUGGGUUGUUCUUUUGCCCUUUGUUGACGCAGACCAUGUUAUCCAAAGUUAUUUUCCAGAUAGAAUGUAUGCUAUGUUAAUACCAGUUGUUGCUGGGGUAUUAGCAUUGUUGGUUAUUGGGUCAUUUAUUUUUGUAAUUCUACUGAAGAAAAGAGCAUCAGAAAAGAAAUCUAAGUGACAACAAUAGCUUGCACUCAAUACAUACAUUAUUGAACUGUUAGUGAUCUUAUUUAUGGAACGUUGCAAGAAAUUGUCCCUCUGAAAACCUAAACUCAGUUAUUAGGGAUUUUGUGAGUGAACAAAUGGGGAAAGCAAAAAGGUAGCCUAUUGGCUAGCAAAUGUUUCUAUUAAAUUGUUGUUUAACAUACCCUUUCUGAAAACCAUCCAAUUAAAAAAUAAUAAA